CUGGGUUCACUGUAUCGCCUGGGUGGACAGUAUAGUUACUUCAGGAAUAAUUGGAAUAAAAAAAUACGGAGGAUUCGUGUAAAUAGAGACGUCGCUUCAGUGUAAUUAAUGAACGCGUCGUAAUUAAGACGGCUCGUGUUUGAAGCAAGUGGUGGCAGACCUAUUUUUGAUUUUUAUCAGCAAUAUUUCAGGGAGAGGAAAGUUGCCUUUCUUGCCACAUCGGCUGCAGAAAGAGUUUAUUUCUGCUGAACUGAACGGAUGAACUGAGGACCUCGUCAACCUCUCACCUUUUUUUGCAGUUCCCAUUCUUCACUCGUUGCUUGUCGUGAAAAGGAGACGACCACGUUGCCUCGCCACACCUGGGCAGAGAAAUGCACGUGUGUGCGCUUCCUCUCAUAAAUGACAGUGUGAGUGUUUUUGGGCUGAAGUAAGAGGUAGAGGUCUGUUCUUCGUCUCUCCCCGAGGCACCUCGCUGCUUGACUGACUCCAACAUUUGUGUCCACAACUGCAAAGCAUCAUGGGUAGGAAAAAGAUUCAGAUCCAACGGAUCACUGACGAAAGGAACAAGCAGGUGACAUUCACAAAGCGAAAGUUUGGCUUGAUGAAGAAAGCCUACGAGCUGAGUGUGCUGUGUGACUGCGAGAUUGCCCUGAUCAUCUUCAACCAUGCAAACAAGCUGUUCCAGUACGCCAGCACGGACAUGGACAAGGUCCUGCUGAAGUACACAGAGUACAACGAGCCUCACGAGAGUCGGACCAAUGCCGAUAUCAUUGAGACUUUGAGAAAGAAAGGCUUCAACGGUUGUGACAGUCCAGAGCCUGAUGGUGAAGACUCCAUCGACCAAAGUCCUCUUAAUGAUGACAAGUACCGUAAGACCACAGAGGACCUGGAUGUUCUCUUCAAACGCUACGGACAGUCGACAGCUCCGCCCCAGACGUUCUCCAUGCCAGUCACCGUCCAGGCGUCCAGUCAAAGCACACUGCAAUUCAGUAACCCUGGUAACGCACUGGUAACUACCUCCUAUGUAACAUCAUCAUCGCUCACGGAUACCCACCUCCUGUCACCACAGCAACCAGCUCUUCAGAGAAAUACAGUGUCUCCUGGGUUACCACAGCGACCAGCGAGUGCAGGUGCUCUUCUUGGAGGUGACCUGAACAAUUCAAAUGGAGGAUGCCCAAGUCCAGUCCCUAAUGGAUACACCAGUGCCAGGGCCUCCCCAGGCCUCCUCACCGUUUCCAACGGCAACAGUCUGGGGAAAGUAGUUCCAGCCAAGUCUCCACCCCCACCUCCCAGCCCCCAGAUGGUCAACAGCCGCAAGCCAGACCUCCGAGUCAUCACCUCACAGGGUGGAAAGAGCCUCAUGCAGAUGACAGAGGAUGAGCUGGAGUUGGUAAACGAGAAUGCUCAGCGGCUGGCAGCUGGAGCCCAGGUGGCACAAACGCUCACCACACCGGUGGUUUCUGUAGCCACGCCGAGCCUCCUGGCGCAGGGGCUGCCCUUCUCUGCCAUGCCCACAGCGUACAACACAGAGUACCAGCUGACCAGUGCUGACAUCACUGCUCUACAUGCUCUGGCAUCACCUGCUGCCUUGUUGCCAACUAGUGUGUCCACGUGGCAACAGCAGCAGGCUCUUUCCCAGCAAUCGCAGCAGCAGCAGCAACAGCAGCAGCAGCAGCAAACACAGCAGCAGCAGCAACUUUGUCUUGCAUCACUCAGCAACUUGGUCAUGUGGGGAGUGGACAAACAGAGCAGCGAGCUGUCUAGCCAGGUGUCCAGUCUGGCUGCCAAUUUGAGUGUUGGUUCUCCAUCCAACCUGCUCUUGGGUAGAGAUGAGUGGUUGGGCCGGCCGGUGACACAAUUACCUCAAGGUGCCAUGCUGACUGUCAACACAAACUCCGGCGUGAGCAUCAAGUCAGAACCUGUCUCGCCCGGCCGGGAUCGCAGCACCCCUUGUCCUCCUCCUUCCUCCGCCACUCCGUCCUCAACUUCAGGAGGAGCCAUUUUGACCGCUCCGCCACAGUACCCCAGCUCCCUGCUGUGCCUGGAGCCUCCGACUGGCCGCUCACCCGCAGACAGCGUCAGCAGCAACGCCAGUUCCUUUGAGGGCAGUGAUCGAGACGAUACUGGCACAGCUGGUGGAGGUGGCGCAGGUGGAGGUGGCGGCAGCGCGGCCGGAACUACAGGACCCGCAAACCGGUCUGUGCCGCCUGACUUCAGCCCGUCGGCCGAGCUCCUCAGGGUGUCAAACGAAUCAGAGCAAGAGGGAGGAAACAUUAAGCGCAUGAGAUUGGACGCCUGGGUCACAUAGAAGCGCCAGCAUCGCCUCGCUGCUGCAUCCCCACAUGAAGUUAUGGUGACACUUAAACACCCACAACACACACACCCCUCCACACUCAUCCUUGAACCCCCACUGCCCCAACCCUGCACUGCCACGUGACACUAUCAUCAUACAUCUGCCUCUUUCUGAAACUGUACCACUCAGCUGCGUCACUCGGACUUAUGAAAAAGUUAAAAAAUAAUGAAAAUUCUUUGGGGUGGCGCUCUGAGUGAGGGGAGAACGGUUUAGUGCUCAGCUGGAUAUUUAGGCUCCUUCAGCCGAGGGACAGUAGAUUUUAAAGCCUUCUUUCUUGAGUGGACGCCCGUAUAGUCAUUUCUUUUUUGUAGAAACAAGGUGUUCAGUCUUUCAGUCUGACAAAACCAUGAAAUAUCCCUCUUUGACAUGGUUUCUGCAUAAUCUUCAUGUAUUCACAUCUAGAUCUGCUGCGUCAUUCACAUUGAGAGUGGUGGCGUUUCUAUAUUAUGGGACUUCUGCUGUAAGACUCGCCACUUCCUGCUCUUUAAGUCCAUGUGGAUCGUGCGUGUGCUGUCCAUUCUUCCAGAAGUCACCUCCAAACUGCACUAUUGGAAAAAAAACAAAACUUAAUUUGGACAUAUUUGAGGACUGAGCAUCUUUCAGACACUAAACAGACUCAAGCAGGGUCCUUAUGUUAGGGUUUCUAACUCACCCAGUCGGGCCUGAGCCCUCUUGUGGCAUUCUGCGGCUGUGGAGACGAGCACUUUGCCAGAGUGCCAAUACCAACCUCUCUUUAGGAAAAAAGAAAGCCAAAUGCCUCUUCACAUGGUGCAGGGACACUGACGACGGAUCACUCAUGAAAAAUGGUGAGAUACCAGAAACCGUCUCUGCUUUUCAGGCUUUGAAUAUGUCGUGACUCCUCCUGUCCUCUCACCUCAUCUCCUCUGGAACUCGGGUGGGAAUCAUCGCACCAGAAAUCCCACUGGUCACUUGACUUUAUUACCAGGAGUAGAUGCCAUCCAGUUAAAAGCAUAGUGUGUUUUUUGAGCCUGCAGUGGCUUUUUUUGAGGUAGAGAAGUAUUUGGUUCUUUCAGUCCAAGUGUUCUUUAUCUGUUGGUAUUUUAAAAAUCUGUUUUGAAGGUCUGUUAGUCGUCCAGAAGUAGGAAUUCUGACUUUGUAUAAAAUCACUCCUUAUACAAAAAGCUUUGAUGUCCUCUUUAGCUCUCUCUAGCUCUCCUUAGCUCUUUGCCGUGUUUCAAAAAGUGAAAGGAAAAAGACAUUUUCUAUAUUUCUACCGCUUCAGUUGGCGACAAAGUACAAUAGCUUUUCAGCUUCAACAACGUGUAUGUACAUAUAAAUAUAUUUGCAUAGACUUUGCUAGGUAUCCCUAAAAACAAGCAAUGUGUUGAUUCUCAGUGGAUCUGUUUGCAUAUACGAGUGUGACUAUGAUAAUGUUUCGAGCUUCAGUGCAGGGGUUACGCCACACGAGGUAGUGCUGGUGGAUCAGACUUGUUUUGGUAAAACUAUUUAAUGCUUGUGUUGAUGGUGUGUGCACUUUGUCUCUCACUCACAGAAGCCUGCUCGGUUGUGGUGUCAUCAUAUUCUCCUACCACACCUUUUUAAACAAAAAAAAACACAAACAAAAAAAACAAAUAAACACCAUCAAAGUAAAACUCGUCCACCUUUUCAUGAACUCAUCAUUACGACACUGCCAUUCACUUACGUAGAGUACUUAGAUAAUACACACAUUCUAAUUGACAGAAUCAUCUUCAAUAUUUUCCACGUUAAGAAAACACAGUUUAUGCCUUUUUUCACUUUCUACAAGUGCUGUGUUUGUGGUUACAUUGUAUAUUUUCUAUUGUCUGCACCAUUUCAGGUUUGUGUAUGAGUGUGUGUGCGUGCGUGUGUGUACACAGGUUGUUUAUGCAUAGAAGCAGAAAGCCUCUUUUUUCCCCCUGAUGAGCUGACGCUCUCAGUGCAGACUGGUGCACCAGCUGAUGUUUGUUGACUGUUGAUAAUCUACUUAAAGCAAUGCUACACUUGGGUCUGUGUGGGUGAGACGGCAGCUUUAUUAAAUGCUGCUGUUUGGUGCAAGAACUCUCAGCUCACUGCGCCAAGUGUGAAACCAGUGUUCGACACAGAGGCUGUUUGUGUUCGACUGCCUACAAAAAAAAACAGAAGAAAAAUCACAGUGCUGUGCGACCUUUUCACGUAGACGAAUCCACAUCUAUUAGCAGAGGUUUUGCUCUUUUCCACGAUCAGCUUAUUUUAUUCCGUCCAUCGCUCGGCCGCGUGGUGUGCGGGCGUUUUACUCGGCUAAUUUCAGGUCGUUUGUGUUUUCUUUAAAUAAAAUCAGCACUGGAAACAAUUUCACCACCGCAACAACAACAAUAAUGAAAAAUAUGUUCAUCAUCAAAGGAAUGAUUUUGGAAACUUUUCCCAGAGUUUGAUGAGAAGAUUCAUGUCAGUCAUCUGCGUGCAUUCAAUUUGGAUAAAGUGUUUCUGCUUCCACAAAGAGCAUCUCUAAUGCACCCUCUAAUGCAGCGCUUAGACUGAAAUUUUACUACAAAUUGAAUUAAAAAAGAGAAAAUAGGAGCAUUUAUCCAUUUGAGCUCAGUCAUUUCCAACACUUGAGGGCUAAAAUGUACAAUUCUGGUGAAAUCUUCAAUGAAUUCUUCACAUAAAUAAACAGAAGCAGUCGUGAUGUUUUUGUUUUAUCGUCACGAUACACUUCAUGUAUGUCAUGAUUUAUGAAGACUCUGUUUACAAGGCACUUUGGAACAAUUAUUUUAGAUGCCACUUUAAAAGUGAGCAGUAAAACUAAAUAAUAAUUGAAACUGAAUUGUGUGUUUAUGAAACAAACUAAAAUAAACUCAAAUUGUAGCGAAAAUGUGCUUAAUUUUAUCACAUAAUCCUUUUGGCUUCAUAUGAAGUGUUUUUAUUUUUUCUCUGACUGCAAUUUUUAAAGGUUUUAUUUGAGACACAAUAGUUAUCACCUUUUUGAAUCUUGCACCUGGCAAAUACUCCAUAUUCCAAACUAGCAAACCCGCUCUUGACACGAGUUAAAACAAACUCAAUUUGAAAACAAAAAGUUAAAACGAAACGAAAGAUCGUUCAAAUACCAUUUUUGCAAAAUCGCCAAAAAGUGAACUUUCAAUCCAAGAUGGCGGACUUCCUGUUGGGUUUGGAUUAUGGUCAUAAUGUAAUUUUUUUUCUUCAUCCUGACCUUCUACAUACAGUAUGUGUACCGAUUUUCGUGCUUGUAUGAUAAUUGUCCUGUUCAGGGUGAAUUUGGACAGGGGGUGGCACACACUUAUUGGCCCCUCCCACAUCCAGUUUUCGACGCACAUUCCCCAGAACCGCUUUCAGUCGUAAAUUUUCAUGAGGUCUGACACGAUCGCAAAAAUCCAUGCGUUUUUGGGCAUGGGAAAGGCCUUGGACCCUAAUAAAAACUAAAACUAUUGAAAAAUCCCAAACUAUUAUAACCUUAAUGAGCACUUAGGACGGUCAUAAUCUUCUCAUCUUACUCUGAGAGCGCUACAUUUAAUAAAGACGUGUCACUGCUCCCUUUGACAGAUGAUGAUCUCAGUCAUUUCCAUAUUUACACAACAGAAGUGAAUCAGCGUGUGAAAUGCUCGUUGUUUGUGGGCGUCGACAGUGGACUCCACACUGAUUGGCUGUGGCCUCCCUGCGCGGCGACGCAGGCACGUUCAUGUAAAAUACGACAUACGGUUCUCUGUCCAAUCUGUAGUCACGAGACAAUCUAUAUGAGAAAGGAAAACCUGGACCCUGUUACUUGUCGUGUACAAUGUUUUUUAGAAUUUCACUAUUUUUGAAUUAAUUUGUGCUGGUGACAGUUCCAUUGUCUAAUUAUUAUAAUGAUAUUAUUAUGGAGCUUUUUUUAUUUUAUUGCUAUUUUGUGUAGAAUAGCCAACUGUUUUGUUUCCUCUCUAUGACUUCACCUUUAUCAUAAACAUAUUAGUACUGGUUUCCUUUUCUCCAAACAACUUGCUGACAGUUGCACGAUGAGUUCUUGUGGUAUUAGCAAAUGCAAUGAAGGAAGGAAAUACCAGUUAAAUGCUGCAAUUUUAAUUAAGAUAUAGAAUAUAUUUAUAAAAAAAAAACAGGAAACAACGGAAAUUUAGUAAAUCAUGAAAUUUGAAAAAUGUAAAUGCAUGGGAUUAUCAGUAACAGACGUUGUGUUACGUACAGUAAUGAUACAAGGACAUGCAUCACAAAUGAGUUCUGAAACGACUCAGAAUAAUGUAGCAUAUGAAAUACUAAAGAUGAAAUUUAUAGCUAAUAUAUUGUGUUGAGCUAGUCUGCUUUGGGUUUUUGUUGUAAAGAAAAAAUACUUCUUUUUGUCGUUUUUUGAGAAUGAUAUACAGUUUGUGUAUAUUUUCAUAUACAAAGUAUGCACUGAUAUGUUAUUGAAAUUCUAUACCGCUUUUACAAAAAGUGUUUGUUGUACCAAAGUAUCCAAGUCCCUUGAAACCUUAUCCUUUUUGCGUAUGUUUUACCGUAUUUUAUAUAUUAAAUAGACAAACUGAGUGAAAUAAA